GGACGUCUGCUGGCCGCGGAGUCGCGCAUUGCGGAGCUGGACCAGCUGCGCAACCGGCAGGCGGUUCUGGUGCGCGCGGCGCUGCUGAGGUGCGACGAGAAGCUUCUGGGGGGCAACGUCCCCCUCGCCAGGAAGCAGCUGGUACGUGACGUCAGCACCAAUGUGUGGACGGGACAGUCUGGCUGCCGACUCGUCCGGCCUGAUGUUGACUUGGGGGGGGGUGGAUUGACGACCACCCACCUUGGAAGGCACCACAUGACUCCCCCUCCCCAACGAUUUGUGUAGCGGGCAUCACAUAAUGUUCGAUCGGCAGCAGCCCAACGACCCUCCUCGGAGGAUUUGGGCAAUUCUAAACGAUGACUUGAUUAUCGAGGCAGUCGUCGAAUAAUUUGAUAAUCGAUUAGUUGUUAUUCCAUUGGGCACUACGUGCCCUACGAUUGGCCGGCGACCAGUCCAGGAUCGGCUCCGGCGCACCCGCGACCCGAAUGAGGACAACCGACAUAGAAAACGGUCGCAUGGUGUUAAAAGCUGUGGGUCCCCCUCCCCCACGUCAGCAUUUAGACACGUCCAACCGCUGGAAUUAGACGGCGGUCAUGUGACUAUUUUGUUAGUGUUGCUUACAUGAGUUUGGAUAAGCAUCGCAAAUCUCUUCCAAGUGGGGGGGGGGGGGCAUGAUCGAUCAUGCUCGUGAUACAUUAGCGUAACGAGAGAUCAGGUGUGAUGCAGGAAAUUAUUGAAUUUCACUGAAUUGCUCUCUUUUGUCUAUUGACUACAAAUAUGGUUUAAAUUUUUUGGGGGGUGGGGGCGUCAAUGACUUGGUCUCUAUGGCCGUGCGAAUAGCAGGGUUUACUGUAGCUUUGUUCAUCUUUCUUUGCACAGUCAGUGGCGGCUGGUCGAUAGAGGACGCCACUGCUGCUGAGUCACAGCAGUUGAUAGGAAGUCGGCUCGCUUUGCGUCUGAAACUUGCCUUCUUUUACCAUUGACAAGCGCGUCAAUAACAGGCGUCAAAUCCUGAGCAGCAGCCAAUUUUUCAAAUGGGCCCAAUUGCACCCCCUGAAUGGCCGGUCCUGGCCUGCGGGCUGUACAUUUGACUUCCCUGCCUUAGAGGGCACAAACUGAUGGCUGAAGGUUCAGCAGGAUUUUCUGAUAGACAACAGAGUUCAUUGUUCCAUUGAUCACAGUAAGUCAUCCAGGUCCUUAAGAAGUCAAGCAGCCCCACACCUUCACACUACCACCACCACGUUUGACGUCAUGAUGUCGUUUUUAUCAGAUGCUGUGCUUUUUUUUUUUUUUUUUUUACGCCGGGUGUGAACACCUUUAAAUAAGUUCAAUUUUUGUCUCGUCAGUCCACAGAAUAUUUUUGCAAAAGUCUUCAGGAUCAUCAGAAUGGUUCUGGCCAAACCGGUGUUUGCAUAGGAGGGACGCCGGCCUGGUCGGUCAGCUCCACGAGUUGGACCGUCAGAUCAAUGAGCUGCGACUGGACGGCGAGGAAUCACGUGGCCAGAUGGAGACGUCGCAUGCCCAGCAAGAAGCAGACAGCCAGGCCAGUUCAGGUUUCUACGAGCUGAGCGACGCCGCCUCGUCGUCCAAUUCGUCCAACUCCAUCUUGGGCGAGUGUUUCCGUUGGACGGCCGACCCGGACGGAUUCCGCCCCGCCGAUGACGAGGCCGGCUGUUCCACGUGUGACUCCUCAAGUCCCAGUUCUGCCUUAAACUCCCCCUCCUCCCCGUCAAAGCCCCGCUGUAACGUUUUGGUCCCAAAAAUGAGCGAGGCGGUCCGGCCCCCGGGUCCGGCGACCGUGGGGGCGCCCUGGAAUCGGUCCCGAGUCUCUCUACAGGCGUUGAUCGCAAGCAAGGAAUCGGCCACACCCGCCACCUACCCUCCUAUCGUACGACAGAGCUGCUCUUGGCCCGCCCACAGACACUCUGACAGCUACAUCUCCCGUCUGCUUCGGCGCCGAGCGCCACCCGCUCGCGCCGUCUGCCCCGGGACCAACGCGGGCUGUGGCCCAGAUUGGCAGGGCAGAGGUGACGGUACCCGGCGACACCCUUUGCCCGCAACACAGGUGUCCCACACGAAGCACGUCGACCUCUCCCAGGGCGGGAUAAAGGUCCCUGGACCGAAUGCAAAAAUGGCCGCCACUCAUAAGCGAACUCUGGAACCAGCCGCGCUCACAAGGUCCCACCCAAAUCCAGACCAAACAGCACGGCGAGAGCAGAGUCAGCGGCGUCAUCGCAAGCACGCCGCCCCCAAGAGCCGCCACUCGGACGGGGGCAGAAUCAAGUCCCGAAUGCGGGGACUGGAAGACACGGGCGCCGCCCCCCUGACAGCCUGCGGGAGAGCCAAACGACCACCCCGCGUGUCCACCCCGGAUGUACAUCGCCGUGGAAACUGCCACCGCCGUCACAUCACCAGGUCCGAGCGGGACCGCCACCGCCCGUCACGAGCCGGCCGGGAUGCGUUCGCGUGCACGAGAACGGUCGAACCUGCUCGCGAGCAGGUGACAGGAAGUGACCCGGAGUAUUCUGCAGAGUGCUCAUCCGGUCGGGCUGCUGCCGGCGUCACGGGAGAGCGCCGGUGCGACGAGGACGCCGCCCGGGGGCCCAGCUUACAGGCCUUCGUCAAGAUCAAAGCCUCUCACCGGCUCAAGAGGAAGAUCCUGCGCUUCCGUUCGGGCUCGCUCCGACUCAUGACCACCGUGUAAGCGCCCGGCGUCCAUCUUCGAAGCAUCGCCCGAAGACGGCCGUCGGCUCGGGAAGCCCUUUGAGGGGCGGGUUCAGACAUAGCCAAUUGGAUUGGCCGGACGAGUGCCUGUGAAGCACCGCCGUUAAGUCCAAACGUGAAAGGGAAAGUAUCCGACGUGACGUUAGCAUGUUAGCUUAGCACACGCCCACGACUGUUAAAUGCAUCCGGUCUCUGGAAAUGUGCCUGAGCAAAAAAAAAAAUCCCUCCCACUUCCUCUUCUCCGCUUAGCUUAGCUCAUUAGCUUGGCAACCAUCUUAACAACAGCGAUGUCUGUGUUUAUCGGGACAAAUUUGCAGUUUUCAAAAAAACACUUCAUCAUCACAUGUAAAUUGUCCGGGAGUAUUAUUAAAGUCUUAUCAAAAAUCA